CUCCUACCCUGGCCCCAUGUGAACUCUGCUUGCCUGCAGUCACCGCGAUGCUUCCUCCCCCAUUGCCUCCAAGCUUCGAGGUUUGCGUGCAACUCUCGUAACUAGCCCGGCAGGAUGGAUCUAUCCCUCGAUGCCGGGAGCUGCCCUCCUGCAUCUGUGGUGGGACUCCAAUCAAGUCCUGGUGACCAGGGCCGUAACAGGUGCGCACAAUGACAUCGUGAUUGCCUCAAACUAACAGACCCGACCAUACCGAUUCCUGAUUGACCUCUCGAGGCACCAGGGAUGUAUCGUUUCGUUCUUCAAGCCAAACAUCCUCCACUCCUCCAACAUUCUUUUCAAGUCCGUUCGCCUUCCUUCUCCUCGAGCAUGGCAUAGCGACAGGCCUCGAACCUCGACCUCGACCUCGACCUCGACUUUUUUUCUUCGGUACCAAAGUACUGCAUUGGAUGUGUGCCGCGCUUGCUUGCCUGCCUUAUCUCCUCCACCGCGCGCCGCUCGUCUCGAUCCUCUUCUGCUCGCCCCUCCAAAUCUACGCCCAAGCCUUGCCUUUCCCUUGUUUGCCACACGGACGCUGUCAAGCUGAGAUUGAGGGCACUAAUGCAUGCGGCCUGACAUGCGUCGUUGCCCUUGAACAGGUCGUGCGCCAUCACAAGCCCCGUCGAGAUUAUUUGCGCAACGAUUCUUCAUGAUCACUACCACAACACUGGUGAUGCCAGUCGACAAGCGAGGGGAGGCCUUGAGAAGACCGCCGCUGCGCUUGCCUGUGAUUGCGCCCAAAGAAGACCAAUCUUCCUCGGCUAGUUCCAGCCGCAGUGGCCCUAGUGUCCCUCCGCGUUCCCGGCUGCCUCCACGGUCGAGAAGUGGCUGCUGGACUUGUCGCUCGCGCAAGGUCAAAUGCGACGAAAGCAAACCCCUCUGCGGCCCCUGUGCUCGCCUGAGCCUCAAUUGCGACUUCAACCCGCGCAUCUCCUUUCGGAAUGACACCUCGAGAGUUCUGGGACGUAUGCAGGACGUCUCAAUCGCCGAAAGUCCUGUGUGGAAUCCGAAUUCCCCUGCGCUGACCGAAAACAGCCCUGGAUCGGCCGAGGUGGACGAUCUUCCGCCUUUCGCCACCCUAACCACAGAUGAGGAGCGUGAGAAGAAGGCAGGGAGGUCGAGCCCCGGAACGUACAACGUCGUCGUCAACCCAGAAAGCUUUCAACAUCUCCCAGAGUACAACGACGAGCCCGAAGUCAAACGAGAGUUGUUGCCGCCUCUACGUCGAGGCUCCAUAGCCACCUCACUUGCGAGUAGCCUUGGUCGCGAACCCGGCGGCGAAGCCAUCCCGGUCUCGGGAGACCCCAACAUUGUUGUGUUGCCUAGAUUCGAAGAUGUCAAGCGGCGCAGCACGUUCAGCUCCAAUCGGGCACGGUCACCUAUAUCCCCGAUACUCAGACAAGCCACGGUCAAGGAUGAAGCAACCAUCAAGGUUGAGGAGCAGGAGGAAGCUGUGCUCAGCGAAGACUCAGAUUCCACGACUGAGUCGUCCAGGGUAGGCCCAGAGGCUCGAUAUUUUCGACAGUUCCGCCAGGUGGUUUGGAAACACUUGGUUCCAGCAGAGCCUGACCAAAGAGAUGGUAUGGUGCGGUCGAGUGUCCACAUUCUCGAACUCGCCGCCAACAGCUUCCCUCCAUUGUACCACGCGAUGAUGGCGGUCGCAGCCCUGAGUGUGGCGGUCCAAGAAGGAAAAGAAUGGCUGGACGCUCUCCAACAUUACCAACAAGCAUUGCCUGCCUUGCAGUCCACUCUCCGUGAUCCCAACGACCUGUCGUCCGAUGGUGCUUUUCUGACCCACUUUCUCUUACUGAUCUACGAGAUCGCCGCCGCCGAAGCCGAGCACUCGAAUCUCUGGUCGCAGCACCUGAUGACCCUUUUACAAAUUUCGCUGUUACGACGCGAAGAGUUGGGCGGCGAAAUCUAUCCGUUUAUUGUUUGGUGGAUCUGCAGCAUUGACCUCGAUGCCUUACUCAGCGGUGCCGGCAGUGGCAGCUACGUCGAGUCUUUGUUAAACAACGACUUCAUCCCUCCCCCAAGCUUCCACUUAUACCCGCUGGGCCUCGAUGGCUCGAGCGUCCUCUAUGCCGAAGAGGUGGAAGUUCUCCCCACUAUCCUACAACUCGAUUACGAGGUGAGUAUUCUUGCCAUCCGGCUGGCGCUUCUCGCACGCGAAUUCCGGGGUGAUGUCACAUUCGACCGUGCAGAUGUCCUACAGAGAAACCAAGCCGUUCGAAUACGCCAAAGCCGGAUUUUCGAGCUCCAGGAGGCGUUACGCCAGUUAUGGGUGACCCCGGCCGUGAUGAUGGUCAACCAAGAGAUAGACAAUCUCCCACUUCGCCCGAAACAACUGUACGAGCAUGCAGCGUCCUUGUAUCGCGCAUGUAUCAUCUAUUCGCACACGUCCAUGUGGUCUGGUCAACGGCUCGAAACGUCUCCAGACUAUGAUACGGAAAUCGCGGUGGCUUCCAGUCAGGUUUUGCAAAUGACCAGCAAAGCCCUUGCGGAGGAUCGAUCGUACUGCCGAUAUCUGGUGUUCCCGGUGUUUAUGGCCGGGUUCGUGGCCACGAAUGGAGGGCAUCGAAUGCACGCGGUGGACCUGCUCCGCGAGAUGGAGAAAAGCAGCAUUGGGCGCAAUACCAUGACGACACGCAAAGUGCUCGCGGCGGUGUACGAAAAGCAAAACGAGCGAUUCAUGAAUACUGGGCAGAGUCUCGAUGUGGACUGGAUGCAGGUGAUGGUCGAGGAGGGUCUGAUGAUUGUGAACUUUGGGCUUUGAUAUAUACCCCAUCUGAAGCAGUGUUUGUUCGCCGCUGACGCAGUGCUCAUGUAUUCCUUUGGCAAUCACGAACAAGCGCGGAGUUGAGGAGCCCUUUUUUUGUCUGGAGACGAUCAACAGAUAUCUGUGGAAGCUGCGACGGCACUCGAGCGAUUUUUGUUGUCAUUGCUGCGUAGAAAUGGACAUAGCCGUCUACAAUACGCAGGUACCUGUUAAUGAAAUCACCAUCAACCCCAACAUCCACAUCCUAACUGCUUCACCACGGAUCCUGGCCAUCUAUCUAC